AUGACAACUUCAGUUCAAAAUAUUGACGUUUCUGAUAUUGCAAAUGUUAAAAAAACUGAGAAAACCACUAUGGGACUUCCAAAUGAUAACAUAUAUACUAUUAAGAUGGGUACUGAAUCAUUCAAAUUGACAGGCUUAUCAUUUAAUUCCGAUGCACCAAAUUAUUUUACAGAAUUUUUCACGACUCAUGACAAUAAGACAGAAUUAUUCUUAGACAGAAACUGCAUAUCAUUUAAACGUAUUAUAAAACAUCUGCAAGGUUAUUAUUUAGAUAUUGCCGAUGAGGACGAAUACUCGAUGAUAUUGGCAGAUUCUAUUUAUUACAGAUUUAAUAAAUUGACUACGGAUAUUAAAGAAUCUCCAUAUUAUUAUGCGAAUAUUGGUGGGAAAUCAUUUAAAUUUUUGAAAAAAUUAUUUAGACGUGAUGGAGAUUCAAAUAAUUAUUUCCAAGUAUUUUCAAAUACAAUUAAUUCUGAGAUUGAAUAUAGAUUUGUUAAUAAUAAAUUAUCCGUGGUGCCAAUAUCUUCAAAUUUUGUCUCAAGAUCACCAGAAUAUUUUCAACUAUUAUUAGAUUUGUUAGGUGGUGCCACACUCACUUUAAAGCCUGACUUAAGAGAUACUUUGAUUAAAGAAUGCAAAUACUAUCGUUUUCAAAACCUUGAACAAAGGUUAAUUAAUGUAUCUCGUAAUACGAACCCAUUCAGUGACGUCACAGAGAUAAAAUUACAUCUAGACGAUAUUAGUUCAAAGGGACUAACCAGUCCCAUUGAGAAACAUGUUAGUUCACAACUAAGUAAUCAAUGCAUGAGUAAUAAGACUGGCUGCAAAAGUUCAUCCACUAAUGGUAAUGAAUGUGAUAGUAGUAGUAAUAACAGUAGUAAUAAUUCUAGUGAUAACGAAAACAAUGAUAACGAACCAGAAAGGAAGAAAAGGAAGACUAACGAACAUCAAAGACCUUGGGAUAUGGUAAGAUAUAAACGUCCAUUUAUUGACGAUUCAUCGGCAGAAUUAAUUUUCCAAUUGAACCCUAAUGAAAAUUCCCUAAUCUUCAAUAAAUAUAAUAAGAUUAUUCAUAUGGAUAUUACUGGAGAAAGUCUAAGAGUUUUUGAUAAGGCAUUCAAUGCAUUCUUGUCUCGUCAAGGGAUAAGUCUUAACAAUUAUAAAAGAAAAUUUGCCGCUUCCAAAGGUGGUAAAGAGAGAGAUCACUUGGUGUUACCUGCAUGCAUUUCCAUCAGUGACAUACAGGUUAAUGGCGUCCAAUGCAGAAAUAUCUGUCAAUUAAUUACUGACUCUAAAUUUAAUGAUGUUGUAUACGACGUAUCAGAAAGGGACAACAAGAAAUACUCACCAGGGUUGAAACUUCAUCUAUUAAAAUCAUUGUGGAAGUUAGGUAUCAAGGAUGGUAAAAUCAUGCUUAUUGCUAUAAAGAUCGAUUCCUUUAGCGGAUUAAAGGAAUUUAACAAAUUAACCGAAUUUAUAUAA